AAUUAUGUAAUUAGUAAGUAUUGCUGUGGGGGAAAGUGGAAAAUGAAGAAUUUCUUGAAUAUCUUAACCGUAAUCCUUUGUGUAUGGCUCAAUAGUCGAAGACUAAAUCUUUUUCUUGCGUGUUCUUCUGAGACUCGUCACUCAAGUUAUACUUGUGUUAGACAUGAUGUAUUAGUACAUACAUGAAUAUUAAAAGUAAAAUUACAAGGAGCGAUUCUACUAUAUUUCCUUUAUGUUUCGAAGAUGGAUUCAGUUAGAAUUGUAGGCACCGCAUUUCCCACGACUUUGGCCUUAGCCGCUGAUCCUAUUGUCUCUUUCAUUGACAGUGCGUUUGACAUAUCUUAUAUCUAUUAGAUUCUGAUGACAGGAAGAGAAGCCAGAAGAAAGUAAAAGUGCAUGGUGUUAAGUGUCAACAUCAACGUCACUGAUCCUAGGGUUAUUGCUGGGUCUCGUACGUGCAGGCUAUUGCAUUGAUAUAGCUUCUUCUAGGGGCCAUGGGGGUAAGAGGAUGCAAGUCCUAAAAAAUUUCUCUAUUGGGUUUAUUUUUGCUGGCUCAACAAGAGAGUUGCACUAUUAGACUUUUCUUUUGAAUAAUUUGAACUUUUAGAAUUUUCUAACACUUAUCUUAUAUUAAUGGUCAUAACUGAUUUCAUGGAUCUCUCAGUACCCUACAUAUUAAUGGUAUGUGAUAUGCGGCUAGCCUUGAGUAUAACAACAUCAUCAACUACAGAGUUUCUUGAGCAAGGAAAUUUGGUUAUAAAAUGACUAACCAGUUUCAUUUAAUUAGUAGAGUGUAAAAUGAAGAAUAUGUUGAAUAUCAUAACUAUAAUCAUUUGUUUAUGGCUCAGUUGGGGUCGUGCUGAUGGAGCUCAAAAGAGAGAAAGUGGAGAGCUUUCUUUUCACAGAAUUCAAGCAAGCUCUCUUUUUCCUUCAUUACCAGCACCAUGUGUUCUUCCUCCAAGAGUAUCUAAUACGAAGUCGUCGCUUCACGUGGUGAACAGACACGGCCCAUGCUCGAGUCUAAGCAGCAAGAAAGCCACGAUCAGUCCCGACCAUGACGAGAUCCUCAGACUCGACCAGGCGCGCGUAAAAUCCAUUCACUCAAAGCUUUCAAAGAAGCUAACAGCCAGAGAUAGACUCAGUCAAAGCCAGUCAACAGUUCUACCGGCUACAGAUGGAAUCACACUCGGUUAUGGAAACUACAUCGUGACGGUCGGAAUCGGGACGCCGAAACACGAUCUCUCUCUGGUCUUCGACACAGGCAGCGAUCUGACGUGGACUCAAUGCGAGCCAUGUGGUAGAAAUGGAACAUGUUAUCCCCAAAAGGAGCCCAUCUUUAACCCAUCUUCCUCUUCUUCCUUCUCCAACGUCUCGUGCUCAUCGCCGUUCUGCGACUCUCUCGCUUCCCAAGGUCGCGUUAAAAAUUGUUUGGCUCCCAACUGCGACUACGGUGUCGGAUACGGCGAUAGAUCGUUCACCAUAGGAUUUCUCGCCACCGAGAAAUUUACUUUAGCGAACUCUGAUGUCUUCGACAAUGUUAUCUUUGGCUGCGGUGUGAACAACAAAGGAUUCAUUGGUAUCGCCGGACUUCUCGGUCUUGGCCGCGGCAAAGUCUCGUUUCCAUCGCAGACGGCGAUGACGUACAACAAUAUAUUCUCCUACUGCCUCCCUUCUUCCCCAGAGUACACUGGCCAUCUCACCUUCGGAUCAGCUGGAUUAUCUAACUCCGUCAAAUACACUCCCAUCUCCGCAGUCCCAUAUAGCGCAUCCUUUUAUGGCCUUGAUAUCGUAGGUAUCUCCGUCGACGACAAGCAACUGGAGAUCCCCUCCACUACCGGUGCUGUAAUCGACUCUGGUACCGUGAUUACUCGCCUACCACCCAUGGCCUACGCGGCACUGCGAACCGCGUUCAAGGAGAAGAUGUCGAAUUAUAAGACUACGUUGGGACGAUCGAUUCUUGACACGUGCUACGAUUUCACCGGCCAAGAGACUAUGAACAUACCUAAAGUCUCCUUCUCCUUCAAAGGCGGCACCGUCGUGGAACUUGACUCAAUAGGGGUUUUGUACGUGUUUAAUAAGUCCACGGUUUGUUUGGCGUUUGCGGGGAAUAAUAACGAUGAUGACGUGACCAUUUUCGGGAACGUUCAGCAAAAGACAAUGCAAGUUGUGUACGACGGUCCCGGCGGUCGGGUCGGGUUUGCUCCCAAUGGUUGUAUGUAGUUGAUGUGAAACAAUAUAAAAUUGGUAUGUUUGUAUUUUUAAGUAAGUAUUAUCUUUCAUCAAGUGUUUGUAAGCUUGAGUGGCCGUCUGUGAAAGUGUCAAGGACCACUCAAGUAUGUGUACGAUCAAUAUUGAUCGUAUUAAGUAUCCUAAAGUGUGAACUAAGAAAGAAACAGAUUGUUUUGUCAA